AUGAGUUGGCGCGACACAUUUGGGAUUUUCCGGCGCUCGUCGUCCAAUUAUGGUCAUAACGCACAAGGCGCACCGCCGCAAGUAAGCGAUAGCGAUUAUUCCUAUCUUACGAACGACGAUAUCGUUGCACCUCCCCGAACUUAUCAACAACAAUCCCAUAAUGACGGCCGACGAGUAUUACGUCCGGGAGUCAAUUAUCCAGCAGAAGACGAGUCGCCGGAUAUUCUACUACUGAAACAUCGCGGAGUGACUUAUCCUCUACACUUUCCGGCAUAUGCCAUUGAUGAUGGUGUCCUUACUGUCGGAGCAAUUCGCCGUCGAGCUGCAGAGCAGACUGGAACAUCUGAUCUGAAUCGGAUCAAAAUCCUUUACAAGGGAAAAUUAUUACGGGAUGAUAACAAACCAUGUAAGGACGAAGGCUUGAGGCAACAGUCGGAAGUUAUCAGUUUGUCCGGUAGCGAAGCGUUGAGUCUCGAUAGCCGGAGCACUGAUCAUCGCCAUCAGAGCCCGCCAUCGGGUAGUGGAGGUGUGAAGAAGAAGGGAAAUAAAAAAAAGAAGAAGAAGCAUGACCAGCAACAUCUCGCACCUGAACCAAGACCUGUGGAGACCAGACAUUCAAAUGAUAACCUUGCUCCCCCGUCAGAUGCCCGGCCUACGUCGUCUGGGCGUUCCUCAGCGGCGCCCUCACCAUCGCCCAGGUUACAGCAGUUUUCUACGCCCAAUGAACGAGUAGAGGCACUCCUUCGGUAUCUACGUACAGAAUUGGCCCCAUUGUGUGAGAAGUACUUUUCGAACCCGCCCACAGACCCCAAGGCGCGCGACUAUGAACAUAAACUCCUCAACGAAACGAUCCUGUCUCAGGUCAUUCUCAAAGCGGAUGGUAUCGAUUCUGAGGAAGCUCGACCGGCUCGUCGAGCUUUGAUCAAAGAGGCGCAGGGGCUAUUAAAUAAGUUGGAUGCACUUGCGCCUCAAACUCAAUGA